AAACUCCGCAUGCCGUCGUCCUUUGCCGCGUUGAAGAAAGCAGCAACUCCGGCGGGGAAGACGCGCCGGAGUCGUUGUUCAUGAAGGAGUUGAAGAGGAGGGGGAUGACACCUACAUCAGUGGUGGAGGAAGGGCAGAGGGGAGCCUACGAACUGGGGGAGAAGGAGAUGGAGGAGUCAAUGGAAGAGGAUAUGGAUCAGAGCAAGAGGGGGAAGAGGAAUGGGGUGAUUUCGAUGGAGUUCGAUAAGGGAACAGUGAAUCAGAGGGAGAGGUCCAUGGCAUUGAACAGCGAGGGUCUCGAGGGUUUAAUUCCACGUGCAAAGCUUCUUGUAGCAACUGGUGCAACAUUCUUUUUGGGAUUUUGGCCUCUGAUCUUGAUCACAUUUGCAUCCUUUGCGUCUCUCUACUUGUAUUUUGGACAAAGUUUCGUGCACGAUGCCAGCAAAAUGUCAAUAUCAGCACCACCAUAUGUUGAUCCAUAUGAACUGCUCGAGGAUGAAAGGAUAUCUCAGAUAGCUCCUCAGUUUGAUUAGACUAGUGCCUGAAAUUCUCAAAUAGACACAGGAAAAAUUCUAUGGGUAACUUUCUCGACAAAGGCCUGUAAUAUUUUUUCUCCUGGCUAAAAUGUAAUAUUUUAAACUGACAUAAAUUGCGAGAUACUAGUUCAACUGUAUAGGAAAUUUGUACAAAUUUUCUUCUCA